GGCCGCUCUAGCCGCCCUUCUCGCCUGCUCUGCUGGGAGGCGGGCGCAGCCCCGGGGGUCCCUCCAAGAUGGCGGCGCAGAGGAGGAGCUUGCUGCAGAGUGAGCAGCAGCCAAGCUGGACAGAUGACCUUCCACUCUGCCACCUCUCUGGGGUUGGUACGGCCUCCAACCGCAGCUACUCUGCUGAUGGUAAGGGCACUGAGAGCCACCCACCAGAGGACAGCUGGCUCAAGUUCAGGAGUGAGAACAACUGCUUCCUGUACGGGGUCUUCAAUGGCUACGAUGGCAACCGAGUGACCAGCUUCGUGGCCCAGCGGCUGUCCGCCGAGCUCCUGCUGGGCCAGCUCAGUGCCGAGCACACCGAGGCGGACGUGCGGCGCGUGCUGCUGCAGGCCUUCGAUGUGGUGGAAAGGAGCUUCCUGGAGUCCAUCGAUGACGCGUUGGCUGAGAAGGCAAGCCUCCAGUCCCAGCUGCCAGAGGGUGUCCCUCAGCACCAGCUGCCCCCGCAGUACCAGAAGAUCCUCGAGAGACUCAAGGCGCUGGAGAGGGAGAUCUCCGGAGGAGCCAUGGCCGUCGUGGCUGUCCUGCUCAACAGCAAGCUCUAUGUUGCCAAUGUCGGUACAAAUCGUGCCCUUUUAUGCAAAUCCACGGUGGACGGGCUGCAGGUGACCCAGCUGAACGUGGACCACACCACGGAGAACGAAGACGAGCUCUUCCGCCUCUCCCAGCUCGGUUUGGAUGCAGGAAAGAUCAAGCAAGUGGGCAUCAUCUGUGGGCAGGAGAGCACCAGACGCAUCGGGGAUUACAAGGUCAAAUACGGCUACACUGACAUCGACCUACUCAGCGCCGCCAAGUCCAAGCCAAUUAUCGCGGAGCCCGAAAUCCAUGGUGCGCAGCCCCUGGACGGGGUGACUGGCUUCCUGGUGCUGAUGUCGGAGGGGCUCUACAAGGCUCUGGAGGCCGCCCAUGGGCCCGGGCAGGCCAACCAGGAGAUCGCCGCCAUGAUCGACACGGAGUUCGCCAAGCAGACUUCCUUGGAUGCCGUGGCCCAGGCCGUGGUAGACCGGGUGAAGCGCAUCCACGGGGACACCUUUGCCAGUGGCGGCGAGCGGGCCAAGUUCUGCCCGAGGCACGAGGACAUGACCCUGCUGGUGAGGAAUUUUGGCUACCCUCUGGGUGAGAUGAGCCAGCCCACGCCAUCCCCGGCCCCAGCUGCAGGAGGACGCGUGUACCCCGUCUCCGUGCCGUACUCCAGCGCCCAGAGCACCAGCAAGACCAGCGUGACCCUCUCCCUCGUCAUGCCCUCCCAGGGCCAGCUGGUCAACGGGGCCCACAGCGCUUCCACGCUGGACGAAGCCACGCCUACCCUCACCAACCAGAGCCCAACCCUGACGCUGCAGUCCACCACCACGCACACGCAGAGCAGCAGCUCCAGCUCCGACGGGGGCCUCUUCCGCUCCCGGCCCGUUCACUCUCUCCCGCCUGGCGAGGACGGCCGCGUCGAGCCUUACGUGGACUUUGCUGAGUUUUACCGCCUCUGGAGCGUGGACCAUGGCGAGCAGAGCGUGAUGACAGCCCCGUAGCCCCAGCUAGGGGACAUGGCCGGAGCAGGACCUUGCCCGGGGACGAGGGGGCCCAGCUUUGGGGCCGGAUGGGCCUUUUCCUGGCAUCUGCCUGUUCCGAGGUGGGGCAGGGCGCCAGGGAGCACCUAAUCCUCAGCCUGCACCACACUCGCACCCCACCCGCACCCAGCCAUACUGGGUGCAGCAGAGAACGUUCUCCGAGAGCAGCCCUGCACACCAGACCUUGGCCCAGCAAAGGGGACUGGAGGCCCUGCCCUCGGGCAGACUCAUCUAGGACCACUGCUGUUUCUCCAGUGGGGCUCAGGGCAGAAGCCACACGGGCUGCGAGCCUGCUGCAUGGGGCAGACCACGAGG